AUGGCUCCGCUAACUGUCCUCGUGCUCGGUGGUACCGGACCUGCGGGCAUUUGUCUGCUUCGCGAGCUACUGUAUCGCAAAAACAAGGUGGUAGCAUAUGCACGAAGCCCCCAGAAGAUCCCUAGCGACUUGUCCUCCGAUCCAUUGCUUGAGACCGUCAAAGGAGAUCUGACCGACAAGGCAGCUCUCGACACAGCCGUGGCUAAGGUCAAUGUUGUCAUUUCGCUCCUUGGACCUCUCAUCACCGAUCGCACCUCACCCCCAAACGCUAUCCCCGACUUCUACAAGGACUCCCUCUUUCCAGCGAUGCGCCGACAUGGCGUUAAGCGAAUCUUUGCAAUGGGAACGCUCACCAUCACCCGGAAAGAAGAUGCAUUUACUAUCCUCCAACCAUCAAUAAACUUCAUGGUCCGCACCGCAUUUUCCAACGCUUAUCGUGCCAUCACCACUAUCGGAAAAACAUUCGAGAACGAGGCCAAAGACCUCGAUUGGACCCAAUUCCGUAUCUCGGCCAUCCCUGGAGAACCUGAUAAGGAAAGCUGGAUGAAAGAUAGGGAAGAUGGAAAGGUUUUCGUGGGAUAUGUUGGACAGAAAGGUUAUACCUAUUCUAUUCCAAGGAGUCUGCUGACCAGAUGGCUUGUUGAUUCUGCUGAGAGUGGCCUGCCAGACUGGAUCCGCAAGGCACCAGCGGUUGCCAAGCUGUCCGAAUUCGCCGCCUCAGCAGAAGGAUUCGGCCUUGACGUCAGAGGUCAGAAGGAAAUCGUAAUCUCGUCAACGACGCCCUUGCAAAUCGAAUCAUUAUUUGCUUCUCAGCCUACCGCUCUCAAGAUGUCUUAUCCCGAUCUUACAACGUUCAAGGCUCUGUCAUUUGACUGCUAUGGCACUUUGAUAGACCAAGAGUCCGGAAUGAUUCGUGGCUUACAGCCUAUCAUUAGUCGUCUUCCUUCCGAGAGCGACUAUAAAAAGAAUCCCGUCUUAUUGAUCCAGCGUUUUCAUGAGCUUACCCAAGUCAUCGAAGAGGGGCAGCCUACCCUACGCUACGGCAACAUUGUUUCGCGAUCGUUCAAAAGUCUCGCGAAUGAGCUCAAUAUUUCUGUACCCGAAGAAGAAAUGAACCACCUGGAGUCCCUACCUGGGACUUGGCUCCCCUUUCCCGACACGAUUCCGGGCCUACAAAUCUUAAAGAAACACUACAAGCUCAUCAUUCUAACCAAUAUGGACAAGGACAACGCGGCUUCAACUUUAAAAUACCUACAGCCCGCUGAAUUCGACAAGGUCUACACUGCCGAAGACAUCGGCAGUUAUAAACCAGCCAAGGCAAACUUUGAUUAUUUGUUUGAUCAUCUCAAAAGCGAUCUGAGCGUCGACAAGGAUCGCGGGGAAUUAUUACACGUAGCGAGAAGUUUGACCGCCGAUCACGUCCCGGCCAAACGGUUCGGACUUAGAAGUGUUUGGAUAUCUCGUGGCGGCGAAAAGAAAGAGGGAACAGGUGUUGGAGGUGACUAUGAGAGAUUGAAAGAAGAUGUAGCGUUUGAAUGGAGAUUUGAUAGCAUUGGGAAGUUUGCGGAGGAAGUCGAGAGACAAUUCGCUGAGAAGACAGUUUAG